AUGGCAGCAGUUCUUGGACCUUCGGUCUCCGUCGCUGGAGAAGAGACUAGCCUGUCAGCAGGUCUACCUAGACGCCUCUCCUUGUUCCUUGGACAGUAUCCCCCGGGUGGUAAAAUCAGAAAAUCUACCGACGGCCUGGAUAAAACCGUGACGGGGGCGGCGAUUGAGGAGGACCAGACGGCUGUCUCCGAGUCCAGCACUGUUGUGCAGUGGUGUUUUGUGGGACUCGGUCUCGCCCACUUCUCCAUUGCCUUUUGGACUCGCACCUGGGUCAUGCAACUCACCUUGUUGGUUGGCUUUCUCUCUCUCCUGAUCUACCUGGCGUCACGGGCCAAUCUGCCAGAAAAGCUGUCGCAUCUGUGGGAAGCGGUGUAUUCCCUGCCGGUGAGAAGUCAGACAGCACCACCGGGCAGUCUGAGAGAUGUUCUCGUGCCGUCUGUUCUGAAGACGACCUGGCGGCAUGUUCUGCGCUACGAAAGAAGGGUAGGCUGCUGUCUUUGUCCGCCAACGUGA